CACUGUCUGUUAAACCCUGAGUGAGUAGCUAAACAGAUUAGUUUGAAGAAUGGAACAGGAAGAAGGAAGGACAUUUUAGUCCACUACUCUUCUCUCCCCGUGAAGAAGAGCUUUCUUCUUAGUCCAGGUCCAGGCUCUAUCUCAGAUCAGAGUUUCCACCGCGGUUAGCUGUGCUUCCUCUCCAGUAUGGUUCAGAAGGUGGCAGUGAUCGGUGCAGGUCCUUCAGGUCUGACCAGCAUCAAGGCCUGUCUGGAUGAAGGUCUGGAGCCAACCUGCUUUGAGAGCAGCCAUGACAUUGGAGGUCUAUGGAGAUUUAAGGAGAAGCCAGAGCCUGGGCGAGCCAACAUCUACCAGUCGGUGGUCAUCAACAGCUCCAAAGAGAUGAUGGCUUUCAGUGACUUCCCUCCUCUUGCGGAGCUCCCCAACAACAUGCACCACUCUGAGGUGCUGCUGUAUCUGCGCCUCUAUGCUAAGGCCUUCAAACUGCUGCAACACAUACAGUUCCAGACUACCGUGCUCAGGGUGAGGCAGACCCCGGACUUUGCUGUGACAGGCCAGUGGGAGGUGGAGACAGAGAGGGGAGCGGGUCAGAGGGAGAGUCACAUCUUUGAUGCAGUGAUAGUUUGUACAGGACACUUCACCCAACCUCACCUGCCACUCAGAGACUUCCCAGGUAUUGAGAGCUUUGAGGGAAGAUAUUUCCACAGCUGGGAAUACCGCAACACUGAAGGGAUGCAGGGGAAAAGAGUGGUGGUGAUUGGGAUUGGAAAUUCUGGAGGGGAUAUUGCUGUGGAUAUCAGUGGCGUUGCUGAGAAGGUGUACCUUAGUACCAGGAGCGGAGCAUGGGUUGUCAGCCGUGUGGGACGGGGGGGAUUUCCAGCUGACCUUGUUGGGACUUCUCGAAUGCAUGUGAUGAUACAGAAGCUCUUCCCCUCAUGGGUCAACAGGAUGGUGGAAAAGAAGCUGAACGAGGCAUUUGACCACACACUAUAUGGCCUGAAACCAAAACAUGGAUUUUUUGCACAGAUUCCUGUUGUGAAUGACAACCUGCCAGCUCGGAUCAUCUCAGGUCGGGUUCAGGUGAAGCCAAACGUGAAGGAGUUCUGUGGGUCUAGUGUGAUCUUUGUCGAUGGGAGCGUCAUAAACAAGGUGGAUGUAGUGGUGUUUGCCACAGGGUACAACUACAGCUUCCCCUUCCUGCCCUCAGCUCUGCGGGCUAAAUGUGGCUACAGACUGCGUCUCUACAAACAUGUGUUCCCUCCCGGACUCACCCAGCCAACGCUAGCAGUGGUGGGCUUCAUCCACGGCUUUGGGGCUAUUAACCCACUGGCUGAGAUGCAGGCUCGCUGGGCUACAAGAGUUUUUAAAGGCUUAUCCACCCUCCCCUCCGAACACACCAUGGUGAAGGAAAUUCAGGACGAUACCACAACAAUGCACCAGAGGUUUGCCUGCUCCGAGCAUAACCCCACCCAAGUGGACUACAUUCCUUACCUGGACUCUCUGGCAGAGCAGGUAGGGGUUCAACCAAACAUACUGUGGCUCUUGAUGACGGACCCCAGACUGGCACUGCAGGUUUUCCUGGCUCCCUGUACUCCAUAUCAGUACCGCCUGACUGGACCAGGCCAGUGGGUUGGUGCCCGUCAGGCCAUUCUCACUCAGUGGGAGCGGGUGGUUCAACCUUUCAGGACCAGAGUGGUACCAGAACCAGAGACCAGACCCUAUUCUAGACUGAGCAUCAUAGUGAUGUUCUCUAGUGUUACCCUGCUGUGCUGCUUCUGCUACAAUAAACGCCGCCUCUCCUCUUUCUUUUCUCCUCCCUCAUUCUUCAGAUCUCCUCAGUAAGCUGCGUGGUUAUGUACAUUAAUGAAGCGGCACACUAAACCAAAUUGUCCAUUUCAAAGUGCAGAGUAGGCAGAACAGCUUCUGCUUUCAGAAUGUGGUAACUUGACUGCUUGAAUAAGAAAUAAAGUUUUUAAAACAAA